AUGUCUUCAAGCAAUGAAAAAGUGUUCUCGGAGUCUCAAGUGGAGCCGGUCGAAUCGCAGAAACCCAUACUGGAAAGUCUCGAUGAUGACCCAGUAUACACCCGCUUGGAGCAACGCAAGAUAAUCCGGAGAAUCGAUUUUCGACUCAUCUUGAUGCUUGGAUUUCUUCACUGUGUGUGCCUGAUAGAUCGUGGUAAUUUGGGUACAGCAGCAAUAGCAGGCAUGGAAAAGGAGCUUAAGCUCGUUGGCACACAAUAUAGUACCAUUGCAGUUGCAUUUUUCCCGCCCUAUAUUGCGCUCCAGGUACUUGGUCCCGUUCUUGUACGCAAGAUAGGACCUAUCAAUUAUCUUUCUGGGGUCUGUUUGAUUUGGGGCUGUGUCAUGCUUUCCGCCGGUUUUGUAAAGAAAUGGACUGAGAUGGUUGGAAUUCGUAUCAUAAUUGGGGCUCUUGAGGCUGGUUUUUUCCCUGCCUCUGUCUACCUUAUCUCAACUUGGUAUACUCGAUAUGACAUCCAAAAGCGCACGGACUGGGGGGGCCUAACAGCCUGGCGCUGGAUCUUCAUCAUUCAAGGUCUGAUCACAUGCGCUGUUGCAACGAUAGGCUGGUUCGUUCUGGUCGGAUUCCCAGACCAAAUGAAGACAGCCAAGCGAAAGUUUCUCUCCGGCGAUGAGUAUGACUUUAUCAUGCGUCGCAUUACCAAGGAUCGAGCCGACGUCGACGUCGAGCCUUUUGACAUUAAGAAAUACCUUCGGGCGGGCCUCGAUAUUAACAUCUGGGGUAUCGGAUUCAUUUAUUAUUCUACAACUACAACAGCCUAUGCUCUGUCUUACUUCCUCCCUAUUAUUUAUAAACAGGGAAUGGGAUUCUCAACAAAGGUUUCUCUGUGCCUAUUUGCCCCGCCAUAUGCUGCCGCCGGGAUUUGGAUGUUUGCAACAUCCUGGCUGGGAGAUCGGUACCAUAUUCGCGGGCCUAUCCUAGUUUUCAAUGCUACGCUCACGAUAAUUGGCCUUCCUCUUAUGGGCUUCACGAAAGCGAAUGCAUCCCGUUUAGUAGGGGCAUUUCUGGUUACAAUGGGCGCUAAUUCGAAUAUUCCUUGCGCAAUGGCUUAUCAGGCGAAUAAUAUCCGUGGUCAAUGGAAGCGUGCUGUCUCGAGCGCUAUAUUUGUCGGACUCGGUGCUUCAGGAGGAAUGACCGGGUCUCUUGUCUACCGAUCCCAAGACGCACCAACAUAUCACCCGGGUAUUCUAACUUGUAUUGGUCUCUCUAGUCUGGGUAUUGUGCUAGUGGCUCUUCUGUCCAUCAGAUUUCGUUAUCUGAACAGGAAGGCAGAUCGGGGUGAAAUUGUCAUUGCGGGACUUCCGGGCUUCAGAUACACAUAUUGA